ACAGGGGGCGCCCUCAGUGCUGAGCCAGCGGCGCGGCUUCACAGACGCUGAUCUUCACCUCGUAAUCUGCAGAACUGAGAAAACCAUGGGCUGGUGAGAGGGGCGGCAUGCAAUCACCGCAGCGCCUCGCGCCAUGCUGCUAGAGACCGAAGACGCACUCCACUGUUGGGUGAUGGUCUCGCCGGCGCUCUAACAGUGACUAUGGAAACAGAGGGAUGGGCAUGCGCGUGGACCGAGUGGUCACGUGGUGUCGCCAGGCUGUGACCUUGCUGCUGUCGCUCGCCGCAUCGCACUUCAGCCUACUCCUACUCGCGCCCUUAGGCCUUUGCUUCCAAGAUGCAGUGCACAUCACCGCCAUCUUGGGAGAAUCUGUGGUGUUCAACUGCCACGUUGAGUUCCCGGGCGAUCAUCCCGUGCCCUACGUGUUGCAGUGGGAGAAGAAGGGUCAGGAGAUCCCCAUCUACAUCUGGUACGACAGCUACCCGACCCACAGUGGUGAAGGUUAUGAGGGUCGCGUGUCACGCGUCUCACCGGACUCGCCCUACGGGCUUGCUUCCCUCAACCUGACCAACAUCCGUGAGUCAGACCAGGGCUGGUAUGAGUGUAAAGUGGUCUUUCUGAACAGACCACCUAAUCAGCCCAGGAAUGGCACAUGGUUCCAUUUGGAUGUUCACGCACCUCCAAGGUUCAGUGUUACACCAGAAGAUAUUAUUUAUGUAAAUUUGGGCGAUGCAAUAAUUCUAAAUUGCCAGGCCGAGGGUACGCCCACACCGGAAAUACUUUGGUACAAAGAUGCCAAUCCGGUGGAGCCCUCAGCCACUAUUGGCAUCUUUAACGAUGGGACUGAGUUACGAAUUUCCAAUAUCCGGCAUGAGGAUAUUGGGGAUUACACAUGUAUUGCAAGAAAUGGAGAAGGACAAAUCAGUCACACAGCAAGAGUGAUCAUUGCUGGUGGGGCUGUGAUUAUGGUCCCUCCUUCAAACCAAACUAAGAUGGAAGGUGAGAAAGUCCAAUUCUCAUGUGAAGCAAAGGCAUUGCCGGGCAAUGUGACAGUACGGUGGUAUAGAGAAGGAGUUCCCAUUAAAGAAGUGUCUUCCCUCGAGACGCGUGUCACUGUGAAGCGGGAUGGAUCUUUAGUUAUAAAUCCCGUUGCUGCAGAUGACUCUGGGCAGUUCAUGUGUGAGGUGACCAAUGGUAUCGGAGAACCACAGACUGCCUCAGCAUUUCUAAAUGUAGAAUAUCCAGCAAAGGUGACCUUUACACCCACAGUUCAGUACCUGCCCUUUCGACUGGCCGGUGUAGUUCAGUGCUACAUUAAGGCAAACCCACCACUGCAGUACGUGACGUGGACCAAAGAUAAACGCCUCUUGGAACCAUACCAGACCAAAGAUAUUGUAAUCAUGAAUAAUGGUUCCUUACUGUUCACACGUGUAAAUCAAAGCCACCAGGGACGAUACACGUGCACUCCUUACAAUGCACAAGGCACUCAGGGAUCUUCUGGUCCUAUGGAAGUCUUGGUGCGUAAGCCUCCUGUAUUUACUAUUGAACCUGAGAGCAUAUAUCAGCGCAAAGUUGGAGAGACUGUUGAAAUGCAUUGUGAUGCACAAGAAGCUGAAGGCACGCAGAAACCUACGAUCCAGUGGCAGCGGCGAGACGGAUCACCUCUGCAGCGGAACCGUGUACGAGUGCAGGGGGGCAACAUUACAAUUGAGGGCCUGCGGCGUGCAGAUUUUGGAUUCUACCAGUGUGUAGCUUCAAAUGAAGUAGCAACAAUUGUGACAGUCACCCAGCUUGUUGUUGAAGGCACGCAGCCACAUGCUCCAUAUAACGUCUCAGGCAAUGCAAGUGAGUUUGCUGUCACAUUGCAGUGGCUUCCAGGAUACAGUGGAGGAUCUGGAUACAAGCAGGAGUAUACUAUCUGGUAUCGUGAAUCUGGCUUCUCAGAUUGGAACACAAUACCUGUGACACCCUCUGGUAGCACUCAGGUCACAAUCAAUAGCUUAACUCCGGGCACAACGUAUGAAUUCCAGGUAGUGGGCAAAAAUGAACUUGGAGAUGGAAUGUUUAGCAAAGUUAUCACUGUCAGGACACUUGAUCAGGGCAUACCAACUAUACGUGUAAAUCAAAUAUCAGGAACAGACUUUCCAUUUUCUCCACCUUCUGGAGCUUCUUAUUUCCCACCGGUCCUGCGCCCCAAAGGGCCAAAACCUGGACCACCACGCAAUGUGACAGUGACGGAAGUAGGCAAUGGUUUUCUUAUUACAUGGCAAGCACCUUUAGAAAGGGCCCAUCUUGUGCAGUAUUAUACUAUUAAGUACCGCACAGAUGCAGCUUGGAAAACCUUAAACAAAGGUCAGAUUCGUCCAGAGGAAACUUCUUACCUUGUUAAGAACUUGGUUGGUGGACGAACAUAUCACUUCAGAGUCCUGGCCAAUUCAUUCCGUAGCUAUGAGAGUAGUGAUGAAGUCAAGUACCCUGUGCCUGCUCGUGUAAAACACAAGGCAAUCACAGCAGGUGUUGUUGGAGGGAUACUGUUCUUCAUUGUUGCAAUCAUAUUGUCAGUAUGUGCUGUUAAAAUAUGCAACAAGAGGAAGCGUCGGAAACAAGAGAAGGCAUACAACAUGGUCGCUUGCCGAGUUACCGAUGCAAGAAAUGGUGGCCAGCCACCAGGUGCCGGUCAAGUGCCUUUGAAAAAAUUUAGACAGAGCAGAGUACCAAGUGUGAUAGGUGGGGUGCUGAAAGGUGCGCGCCUCGGCCUGGCCAGCCUGCUGCUCUGUGACUCCGUAUCAGACCUGGACUCAGCAUCGGCAGCCUCCGCUGUAGCUGCACACUACUGGCCACCUCCCCCAGACCGCUUGGGCCGCAUCUCUCGUGCCGCAGAUGGCCGCUUUGUUCUCGCCGGUGAUUCUUCGCUCUCAGCCUCUGUCGGUGGCAGUGUCGCAUCCAGCUCCAGUGAUGACGGAGGCUUCCUACCGCGUCGCGGCGGUCGUCGCAGAGCGUCGUGGCGGCGACCGCUAGUUGCGUGCCCUAGCCAGCUCAGCUUGAGAUCUGACGGAUCUGGCGAGAGUGCCUUGGCUCUCGCCACUGCUGCCGCUACAGUUGCUGCUGCUGAACGGCAGCACCAACUCCGUCGACUGCCACUGCGUGCGCCACCUCCUAUUUACUCCCCACCUCCACCUCCGCCGGCACCGGCACCACCACCGUCGGCAUCGUCACGUGUCAUUCGUGCCAGCUCACCUGCCUCCAAUCUGUUAUCGGCAACUGCGUGGUCGCCCAGUUACAACUUCAGUGACCUGAGCUCGGUGCGACGUGCCAGUUCUGCCGAGCGCUCGUUUCCUACGCCGCCUUCGUAUUUACAGUUGAUGCGCUCCGUCCACGAGAGGUACUCCCAGGAGUUACCGUCACUGCGGGCUAUACACGAGGAAGGGAGUGCAUUUCCGGGAAUAGUGCGGGAUCGCCCACCUCCGACUGCUUUCCUUCCCGUUCAUCCACUGGCUACGAGUUCGCCGCCGCGUGUUCGUGCACCACCUGCGACACUGGCCAGUGGGUUGCCUUCACUACCGGCAGGGGUAUUACGACGCCCGGCACCAGUACCGGCAGCGCUAUCUCCAGCUGUGGCAAUGACAAUGACUGUGACACCACGGGCACGUUUACCUCCUCGGCAUGCUCGUCAUGCGCGCUCUGCACCUGAGCUCGCCUCCCCUGCAGCGGUGGCUGCUGCCGAUCUAUUUGCCGAGACCUCACCUUCGAGCUCGAGUGGUUUUGGCAGCAAAAACACGUCACAGCAAAAUCAGUCCUCGCAGUCAGGUAGCACGAGUGCAGAGUGGCGCCUCCCUCCGUAUCGACCUCCACCACCGCCGCCACCUCCGCCGCCACCACCUCCUCCUCCACCACCACUGCCACCACCACCAUUGGUUGGUAGCCCUUGGCUGCCAGCACUGCCAUUGCCUCUGCCACUGAGACUGCCUGACACGUCGCCACCACACUCGGAACCUGGUCGCUUGCAGCCACUCGAUGUCAGUGUGGACACACAUUAUGAAUUUGACACAGUGAUGCCACAUCCACUCGGUAUGACAACAACCCGUGAUUUCCGUGGCACCAGUGACUCAGAGCUAUAUGCUGCCACUUCCCUGUACCCAUUACAUGCCACUGCUCAUACUCACCAGCAACAGCAGCUGUUGCGUCCUACCAAGAGACUAACCAAGUAUGACAACAUUGAGGCUCGUGUCCAAGCCAUGAAAGAGGAGUUCCACGAGUUUCGUAAACGCCAGGCUAAGAGACGCCGGAGUGAGGAGUUAGAGAGUGCCUGUUAGCUAUGACUCAUCUGCCAAUAAUUGCAACAUUGUUUUUCUCUUGGUGAAUGGAAAGUAAUGUAGUGCAACUGCCCAUUCCAAGUAGAUGCUGCAUAAUAUGGUUUUAUGUAAAUUCGUCAAAAACGUGAUAACUUAACAUUUUGUUGUCUCCUAAAUAUUAAAUGUUACUAAAAUCUUCUGGUGAGACAAUACUGUGACAAAGGUUUCUAUAUUUGAAUGUUGGGUUUCAUAACGUAUGUUAUUUUUCUUUAAAGUAGAUACUGUAUGAAAAAUGCAUGUGUCAUGUAUUAUGAAGUUCAUUGUGCCAUAAUUAUCAUUUUAUACAUGAACCCCAAAGUUUAAUUUUAAUUGCAUGUGUGUGAGAAAUAUUUGCCUCUAUUGGCUAUGAUGUUUUGCAUUCCUUGUUGUUGUUGUUGUUGUUGUUAUUGUUGCUGCUGCUGUUGCUUGCUGAUAACUGAGGCUGGCUUUUUACUGUUAUAAAACAAUUGUGGAGGCCAGUAGUGAGCAGGUGUACACUUCUGUGAUUCAUCUAUGUGUUAGUGUUCCUUAAAAAAUAUGUAAAUUUUUUUUUGUUUCUUGUCAGCACAGUGCUUCAAAUGGAUAUCAGUUGUAUUGAACAAAAAAAAAAGAAACUCCUAAAGUGUAAAGCUACAACUGUCAUGUGUAUGUAUUAUUUUCCAUGUAAUGUCAUAAAUAAUACUUCUUUUUUAUAAUUAUUUGUUGCAGUACAAAAUUUCAGUCUUGAUGCUGCAUGUAUAUUAAAAGACUAGGUGUGGCUGAAUCUGUGUCCAGUAAACAGUGGAUCUCACUGAGGUUAUCCAACAUGUAGCAUCCUCAGUGAAACUGUUGGUUUGAGUGUGACAGCAUUAUUUGACAGAGCAUUGUUAGCAGAAUGAGAUGUGAAACAGUGUCAAUGGUUUUCCUCAAACAUUGAACAUACAAGAAGUCUGUCAACUUUUCCUGCCUCUUUUCUGAUGCACCUGAAUCUAACUUUAUUGAAUAAAAGAAGUAUGUCACUAGGCCUAUUAUUAGUUGCAGCACUAUUACAAUAGAUUGUUAGAGUACACUGGAUGGGAACUGGAAAGUAAAAUAAAAUCUGAGUAGAGUUUGUCUCCAUUGUAUCAGCAUUACAUUUCAUGACUAAAGAUAUUGUGAUAUUUGUGGAAUGGUGUGUUGAAGUGUGUUUAUAGACAAAUUGUUUUGGGAGUGGUAGUGGAAACAUCAGUGUGUGAAUAAGGAGAUACUGAGUUAUGUAUAAUAAUAGUACUGCAGAUUACUAGAGUGAAAUGAAUUUAAAAUGUUUAAACAAUAACAAGUGAAAGAAAUGUAGAUAUCUAACUGUUCAUUAUUUGAAACAGAACACAAAAUUUGUUUGAAAUGAGUGAUUGUGUGCAAGUGUACUGUGUGUUUGUAUGGGUCAGAAUGGCCAAAAUUAUGCAUUUACUGCAUAGGCUUUUCCACAAACCAAAUAAGUAUAACUACUUAACACUUACAUAUAUGUUCUAAAAUGUUAAUAUAUGAACUUGAGUGAGCAUGAGAAAGUAUUGGAACCUAAGGAACCGAAACAAAGAAAAUGUUAUUACAGAUAAUAUAUGCAUUUAUUCAUAAUUCAUUUGAAUGAAUUUAAAUAUAUAUAAAAUGUAAUUAUUACAUUGUUCUGUUUUUGCUCUAAAUCACAACUGAAAUACAGAGCUCAGAUCUAUAGAAAAGAAAAAUGAAAUAAACAGUUUUACUGUGACAUGAUGAAAUUAUAGACAUUUUUAUUACAUUUUUUACUUUAUUUUUAUCUUGUUCAUUUGUUUGUAUGAAAAUGUGAGCGUGUAUGUGUAUGUAUAUGUAUGGGUCCUUGUUUGCAUGUGAAAGAAAGAGAGUAUAUGAAAGAAUGAUAGAGAGUGGAAAUAACACAACUUGCAAUAAGUUGUCACAGUUAUUUCAUAAAUAUAAUUCUAACGCUUUAUCGUUUAUCCAUUUCUUUAUAAUAAGGGAAUGUUGAAACGACAAACUUUACACACAGGCUGUUGCGAUAAAUGUUAUUAUUACUGCUGUGGUGUAAAUAGUGAUAUUUUAUAGAAUUGCUGAUUUUUAUGUUGGCAUUUCUUUUUUAUGGACGUAAAUGUCUUAAAGAUUAUUUUUAAGUUUUUAAAGUACAAAUCAAAACAAUUAAUUGAAAAGCUUGCAUUAUACUGCUGAUGUUAGUUUUUUUCCCAAAAGAUGUAUUAGUGAGAGCCUGUUAGCCCAAAUCACAGAGUGAGCAUUGUUAUUAAUUACACUGAUAAAUCUGACAAAGAAUUUGCUGUUACACAUUAUUUUGAGUUGUGGUUGAUUUGUUUUCUGUCAAAUGUCUUUGUUGUGAUGAUGCAAUUUAGAGAUAUUUGCACAAGUGAUAUGUCAAUAAUGUUAAAGUAACUAAAAUUUACAUUUCACUGGUGUGUCAUCUGGUGCUUUCAGCCAUGUAUCACUUAGUUCUGAUGUUGUACAAUGGUAGUUAUGUACCAUACAAUGUGGCAUACAUGAUUGUAAUCUCAGGAAACUAAUACAAAAUUUAUAUCUGCAUUAUAAUUAUUUCUAUGUUACACUUUAUAAGUACAUACCAUAAUAUUUCCAUAACUCUAAAAUAAAAAUGUACAUGGCUGAUGAAACUUCAUGCAUAGAUUUUUAAAAUGUUUUACAGGAUGAAAAUAAAAUGCAAGUGCAGCAUCAAAGAAACUGAGAAUUAAGAAAAGAGUUUUGUUAAAAUAUUUACUCCCAAUGAGACUUGACAACCAAUUGUUUCUCAUUUGCUGCUUUUUAUGUCAAUUUUUCAGAAGAUAUAAAAGGAUUCAUCCACUCUUGGUUCAGCUUCCUUCAACAAACGUCAGAGUCAGUGUGCUAUGUGUUCAAAUAAUAAUAAUAUCAUAAUAAUAAUUAUAAGAUUUCUCUUCUUGUGAUGAAAAUUACAACUUAUACCAUCUAAGAGACACUGGAAAACAUAUGGAAGAUUUUUAGUACAUAUUAGCAGAUAUUUCCUUCAUAUAAAGCACUUUUAAUAACAAAUGUCAACACAAGGAAAUUGCAGAGUUCUUUUUUCCCUCCUUUUUGUUUUUAAUACAAAGGAUUUCAAUCAAAGUCACAGUUUAUUUCAAAUAACUGAAGUGUAUACUGUAAGACUUUUCACAGCUUAACUUUUAAAGAGGGAUGGACUUUUUUAUGAAUUAACAUAAAACUUUCAUCUGCAGCUGUUUUCCAGAAAUACUCUUUUUAUGAUUGAUCCUUGUUGGACAGUAUUUCAUUUUUAUAGAAUGAAAAAUAUUUGGUUUAAAACACAAAACAGGUAUGAAAUUAGUGAAAAACAGUGUUUCCUAUUAAGCAUACAGAAAAUGUGAAAACAUGAUGCUUUUUAUCUCAUUGCCUAUUUUAUGUUGAUGUGUUAAAACUGAGCUGCUGAAUUAUUGCCACAACUUUGUCAUUUCAGUUGCCCAUCCCACUAUGUACAUCUCUUGGUUAAUUUAUGCUUAUGUUGAACUCUGGAAAGGGUUGAUAUUGUUGAUGUAAAUGUACAAUUAAAGAACUAGUGACACUUG